AUGCCUUCCCAGCAAUCUUUCACGUUCUCGCCCGGCACGGGGACUCCUAUCGACAGAAUCGCAUCUCUUCUCUCUAUUCUCGAUGCUGAACCAUACUACGCCUAUGAGCGACAAGGCCACUGGCACGUAGGCAUUGGCAGUCUCGCGUCCUUGGCUAUCGAGUCGGAUGGACAACACGCCACAAUUUCUACGCUCAAUGGAAGCGAAUCCCUAGCUAUUGAGUCUAGCCUCGCCGACGUAGCACGAAACUUCCUCCGCACUCACCCAGCUGCGGGAAAGGUUUUCGGCUUUGCAGGCUUCAACUAUGCACCCCACAUCAAAGGCCUCACGUACCACGCAGGGCGAUGGCCUCUCCUUACUCUGAUGAUUCCCCAGAUUGAGCUGAACAUAAAUUCUGGGGGGGUGUACAUGCAAUCGGUGGAGGACGGUCUGUCUCAGAUUAGAGAGGGUCGCUUGGCCAAAGUCAUCCUCUCUAGGGCAGUUGAUCUUCCGGGCCCCAUCAACAUGCCUCAGACGCUCCUCACAGGGCGAAAGUCAAAUACUCCGAGGACAACCUUUUGUCUUUCUCAUGGCGGUUUCCAGGCCACCGGAUUCAGUCCCGAAUUGGUCAUGUCUCUGGAGAACGGCCGCGUCACCACAGAACCGCUGGCUGGUACCCGUUCAUGUGGUUCCAGCGACGCUGAGCGUCUGAAACUGCGACAAGAACUUCUCAAUGAUUCCAAGGAGAUUGUGGAACACGUUCUGUCCGUCAAAGCCGCGGUCGAGGAACUUGAGCAGAUUUGCUCGAACGAUACCGUCGUUGUCGACGAUUUCAUGUCGAUCAGGGAACGCGGCAAGGUGCAGCAUCUUGGGUCCAGGGUGUGCGGACAGUUGAACGAGGCGAAGGAUGCCUGGGACGCGUUCGAUGUUCUUUUCCCAUCGAUCACUGCGUCUGGGAUUCCAAAGCAGCCUGCCCUUGAGGUCAUCACCUCCCUUGAGACACGGCCUCGUGAACUGUACUCUGGCAGCGUCAUCAUGCUUGAAGGAUCGGACUUUUUUGAGGGAGCCCUGGUACUCAGAUCGGUCUAUCAAGAUGAGGAGAAGGCAUGGGUGCAGGCAGGCGCAGGAAUCAUCGAUCAGUCUGAGCCUGCGCGCGAGUUUACUGAGACAGUUGAGAAGCUUAGCACCAUCGCGCCAUUUGUGGUGCCUCUUUGA